GGGAGGGCCGGGCGAGGCGGAGGGAGGCGGCGCUGCCUUCCCUUUCCCCUCCGCUCCGCUCCGCUCCGCCGGGGCCAUGGGCGAGUUCCGGCUGCACCACGACGUGAGCGAGCUGCUGCGGCUGCUGCGGGUGCGGGGCGGCGGCGAGGGCGCGGAGGUGUACAUGGAGCUGCUGCAGAGGAACCGCGCGGGGCCCUUCGCCGCCACCGCCGCCGCCUCCCUGGGCGCCAAGGUGAAGCUGGCCGAGCAGUCGCGCGCGCCCGAGGCCUUCCUGGCCAAGUACGAGGAGCUGAAGUCCCGCCACACGCGCCACCUGGACCCGCUGGUCUCGCUGCUGGCCCAGCUGGCCGAGCACCGGGAGACGCUCCAGUACCUGCAGCAGAACGCCCAGGAGCGGGCCGAGCUGGCGGCCUCCGCAGCAGCAGCAGCAGCCGCCCCCGCCGCCCCCGCCGCGGCCCCCCUGGCCGCCCCCAAGAUGAGCGCGCAGGAGCUGGAGGAGCUGCGCAGGCAGCUGGGCACCGUGGCCACCACCGUCGCCGCCCCGCAGCCUCUGGAAUUUGUUCGCAAGAUGCUCAGAGAGAAGCAGAACAAGAAGAAUUCUGGCCAACCCAUCCCAUCGUUUCCUGCCUGGGUAUAUGAGAGGCCGGCACUGAUUGGGGAUUUUCUCACCAGCUCUGGUUUAACCACGGACACGACGACAGUUCCCAUAGGAACAUUGCCCCUGACAUCCCAAGAGUCUGCCGUUGUGGAGGACCUCUUGUAUGUUUUGAUUGGAGUCGACGGCAGAUACAUCACUGCACAGCCGCUUGUUGGCAGAGAGAACCGAGCCUUCUUAGUAGAUCCUAACUUAGACGUGUCUGUCAAAGAACUCGUCACCAGGAUUCUUCCCGUUGCUGCAAGUUACUCCAUAGUAACAAGGUUCAUAGAGGAGAAGGCCUCCUUCGAGUACGGACAGGUGAACCAUGCGCUGGCCGCCGCCAUGAGGACGCUGGUGAAGGAGUACAUGAUCCUCGUCACCCAGCUGGAGCACCUGCAGCGGCAAGGGCUCCUCUCCCUCCAGAAGCUCUGGUUCUACAUCCAGCCCACCAUGCGGACCGUGGAGAUCCUGGCCUCUCUCGCUGCUUCUGUCGACAAAGGGGAGUGCGUGGGGGGCUCCACGCUCAGCCUGCUCCACGACAAGACGUUCAACUACACGGGGGACAGCCAAGCGCAGGAGCUGUGCCUCUACUUAACCAAGGCCGCCAGUGUCCCAUAUUUCGAGAUCCUGGAGAAGUGGAUCUAUAGAGGAAUUAUUAAUGAUCCUUACAGUGAGUUCAUGGUGGAAGAACAUGAGCUGCAGAAGGAAAAGAUCCAGGAAGAUUAUAAUGAUAAAUAUUGGGAUCAGAGGUACACCAUUGUUCAACAACAGAUUCCCUCCUUCCUGCAGAAGAUUGGAGACAAAAUACUCAGCACAGGAAAGUAUUUAAAUGUGGUCCGGGAGUGUGGGCAUGAUGUGACGUGCCCGGUGGCGAAAGAGGUCAUCUAUACUUUGAAGGAGCGUGAAUACGUGGAGCAGAUAGAGAAAGCCUACAACUAUGCCAGCAAAGUUUUGCUCGAUUUCCUGAUGGAAGAAAAAGAACUUGUGGCCCACUUGAGGUCGAUCAAGCAUUACUUCCUGAUGGACCAGGGGGACUUCUAUGUUCACUUCAUGGACCUCACAGAAGAAGAGCUGAGGAAGCCUGUGGAGGACAUCGUUCCUACCAGACUGGAAGCUCUGCUUGAAUUAGCCCUGAGGAUGAGCACGGCAAACACAGACCCUUUUAAGGAUGACCUCAAGAUUGAUUUGAUGCCCCACGACCUCAUCACGCAGCUCUUGCGCGUCCUUGCCAUUGAAACCAAGCAGGAAAGGGCCAUUAUCAACGCAGAGCCGACGGAGCUCUCGCUCAGCGGCCUGGAAGCGUUUUCCUUUGAUUACAUCGUCAAAUGGCCGUUGUCGCUCAUCAUCAACAGGAAAGCCUUAACCCGAUACCAGAUGCUCUUCAGGCACAUGUUUUACUGCAAGCACGUGGAACGGCAGCUGUGCAACGUCUGGAUCAGCAGCAAAGCAGCCAAGCAGCAUUCCCUCCAUUCAUCCAAGUGGUUCGCUGGGGCGUUCACUCUCCGCCAGCGGAUGCUCAACUUUGUGCAGAACAUCCAGUACUACAUGAUGUUUGAAGUGAUGGAGCCCACGUGGCACAUCCUGGAGAAGAACCUGAAGUCGGCCUCCAACAUAGACGAUGUCUUGACUCAUCACACGAGCUUCCUGGACAACUGCCUGAAGGACUGCAUGCUGACCAAUCCGGAGCUGCUCAAGAUCUUCUCCAAGAUGAUGUCUGUCUGCGUCAUGUUCACCAACUGCAUGCAGCGAUUCUCCCACAGCAUGAAGCUGGAUAAGGAGCUGGGCCGCCUGACUGUGGAGCACGGGACCAUGAGGGGGCCCCCCACGGACCAGGAGCGUGUGGAGGAAUCUGCAAGGAAGCAGCUCGCGCACAGGCUCUUGGCAGAGCACGCGGAUUCCCUGCACGUGACGUCUGGCUUUGAAGCAACCAUCAACAAGUUUGACAGCAAUUUCUCGGCUCAUCUCCUGGACCUCCUGGACAAGCUGAGCAUUUACAGCACCAACGACUGCGAGCACAGCAUGAUCAACAUCAUCUACAGGCUGGACUUUAACGGCUUCUACACGGAGCGCUUGGAGCACAUGUCUGCGGAGCGGAGCCAGAGGGCUGCCUCCCAGGCAGCUCCUGCCCGAGCUGUUGUGGUUGCUCCGUAACUUCCCUCCGAAGGUCCUUUUCUCAAGGGAAGGGGGGGAGAGUGCGGGCACACUCCUGGCACGUGGGUGUUGGGCAGCUGCACUGGAAGCUCGAAGCACAAACAUCGUGGCUGCUUGUUUGUGUAUAUAUGUAAGAGAGGGUGUUUCUGAAGUGUGUCUACACUUUUAUACACAAAACUAACUUGUACAGUUGUCUGUUUUACUUAAAAAUAAAAAUCUUUAACGGA